ACUUUUUAUCUUUGGUCCGAAGCCCCCCUUCUCGCCGAGAGGGGAAGAGCUCAAGGGGUCUCCAUUGCCUCCUUCUUCCACUCCCAACCCUAAUCCUAGCUUGGAAUCGAGAGAUUUAAACUGUAACCCUAGUUUCAAGGGGAAUCUGUGUCUCCACUCGCGGAACCUGUCGGCAGUCUGAGUAAGCUAGCUGAAACUCCUCCAUCUCCCACGCUGGAUCGGCAGUCCCCGUAUCGGGGCGAUUCUUAUCUAAAGUUCUGGUUUUUUGUUCGCUGGAUUGGUGUCGGGUUUCGAUUUGCUUCGCUCCGUGGCACUACUCGUCUGUGGUGAUUGGGAAUUCCUUGGCUUGCUGUUGUUUUUGUGUGAAUUACGCCAAGGAAGCACCGGCUGUGUGUUCAUUCUGGCAUUUCGGAGUUGGUUCAGUGGCAAGUUCUCAGAGGCUAUUGAAGUUUGCCUCUUUCUUUCCAUCUGGGUUGAUUGCCCUUACUGUUCCUCGGAAAUACCCAAGCACUAGCCCUGGUUACUUCAAGUCACCUCGUCAAUGCCUGGGAAUGAAGUUGGUGAGGAUCCAUAACUUUUUGAGCAAGACAGCUUCUCCCAAAUUCUUCCAUCUCAAGUGCAAGGUGAAAGUUGGCCAGUUUUAAACAACAUUUUGUGGGUUGGUACUCAGAGGCAGAAUGGAGUUCUUCAUAAUCCUGAUUCAAAGAAUUACAUAUCUUGUUCUUCAGAGUCUGAGCAAGGAAAUAUUAGGCAGUCUUCAGAAGUUUCUUUUGGCACAAAUUUGACCCAGUCAACCCUGAACCUAGAAUGUGCUAAGAACCAGUCUAGAAGCCACUAAUUCAACUUGAAUGGUUUUAUGCAUGGUUCUAAUGGUCUUCCCACAAGUUCCAUUCAAGUGAGUGUUCGAAGGGAUGGAACAAUUUCUGAUAGUCAUAGUUUAAUGAUGACAUGCUUACUGACUUUAAAACUGCAGCAGGGAAAGGCUCCUGAAUAUGGUUCCAAGAGGUCACAUGUGGUUAAAGUAUCUAUGAAUUUUGUCUUUCUUGGUGGUCAGCAACAGCUCAUAAUGAGCCAACACCCAGGACGAUCACCUUGUUUCUCUAGGCAGCAGCAAGGGUUUAAAGAUAUGCAGUUAUGGCAACAACACUUGAUAUACAAACAGCUACAAGAGAUUCAAAGGCAGCAGCAACUCCAGCAAUUGGACCAGGGGGGAGGGCCACAGAACUUACAUACUCAGCCAUCUGGAGUUGCAAGACAGGCACUUGUCAAUCGGUUUCCAGGUGUGCUAAAUGGCAUGCCCGUUAGUGAGGCAUCUAAUUACAUGUGGUCAGAUGGGCACAUGGAAGGGGAAUUGAAGACUCCAAGUAGCUCUCGUAUGCUUCUUGCUGGGGGUAUGAACAUGGCUCCACAAAGUGAGUCUCUCAUGCAUGGAAUUUCAAAUGGGCUUACAUUUUCACAUGACCAAAGCCAAUUAAUGCGACCUUUGGGGUUUGCUCCACAACUUGAUCAAUCUUUGAAUGGGACUCCUGUUUCCCACUGUAGAGACUCUUUGAUUUAUUUCUCCCAGUUCCAAGGAAUGUCUCAUGAUGGCACUGAUGCAAUGACCACUGCAGGUGGGAACCUGGCAGAGAAGCCAUCAAUGCUGUCAUCUGCAUUAACUAGCUUUCAAAGUGAUCAUUUUAUGGUUCCAAAGCAGGGCUGCUUACAGGACAGGUUUUUGGUGGUUAAGCAGGGCUUUCAAGGGAAGGUUUCAUUUGCGGUUGCUCCAGUGCAAGGCCCGAAUGGUGGCGCCACAUCAGGUAGCUAUCAUCAAGCAGAUAACUUCUCAUGUAGUUUGCAGGCCCAAGAUUUUCAUUGUGGGCCAGAAGAAAAUGAUUGGUCAGUGAACUUACCGGAAAAGGCAGUGAUGCAGGUAAAGCCUUUUCAUAUUGGAACUAGUCUCGAUCGGAAAGAAGAGAAACUCCUGUUCGGUACAGAAGAUGAUGGCAGUUGGGCCGCUUCUGUUGGAAGUAGUAUCACAAACUCAACAGGUUUGUUGCAUGGCAAUCCUUCGGAAAGUAAUGACCAUUUUCAUGCAUUUCCUUCUAUUCAAAAUGGAAGCUGGAGUGCUCUUAUGCAGGAGGCUCUGGAAGCUUCCAGCAGCGACACUGGACUACAUGAAGAGUGGAGUGGCCUGAGUUUCCAGAAAACAGAACUAUCGAAUGGGAACAAAUCUGCUGUAUUAAGUGAUAAUGGGAAACACCAAAUGAUGUGGGAUGAUAACAAUCUACAGAGUGCAUCAUCUAUGACUUCUAGACCUUUUCCUUUGUUUAAUGAUGCUGAUGCCAGCUCAAAUUGUCAUACAAUCCCUGGUUUUGAGCACCCUAUUAAACUUGCAUAUGAACUGAAUGAGAGUGUAUCAGCUGAUGCUUCCCAUGAGUCCAUUCAACAACCAUCAAUGGAAGCCAGCAACGAGCAUCUAGAUCAGAGUCACCAGAAAAAGCAAUUUGUAGGGGCCAAUUUUCAAGUGCAAACACAUUUGGAUAAUGUUUCUAAUGGUGUUUGGGAAGGACAGAUGUAUGAACAGUCAGUAAACUCUGCACAAUCUGCAGGCAUGGAGUUGAACUUGCAGAACAUGCAGGUUUUGGCUCAUCAACAGAAGAUGCCCUUGCAUAAUGUAAAUAGCCAGCAUAGUAACAAGCCAGAUGGAUGGAAUGUUAAUGGGUCCCUGACUCCUGAUAUAUUAAAAGUCCAUGAUAAUGAUGCGACCAAUCAAGAUGCCCAAAGAUACGAGACCAAUGGAAUCUUGCAUGUGGAUGAGAAUUGUGAGAACAGUACUGUAUCCUUCCCUAACUUUUCUGGUGGGCUGCAGCCAGUUAGAUCUGAUAUAACCAGUCCUAGAAUGAGCAGUGCUGAUGCCUGUAUGGGUGACCAUGCUGCUAUUACAACUUCAAGGACCUUGAAAUUUAAUCGGGAAAUAAAUCAACAGGUUGCUAACAGGCAUAGGGUUUAUUAUGGAAAACAAGUUGCUGUUGAUUCUUCUGUGAAAUAUGAAGGAUAUGAAAAUUUUACAAAGAACCAGAAUGAGUUAAGCAGCGGUCAACAUGCUUGGGACUCGUCCUUAAAUAGCACUGACCAAGGAUCAGCUGAAAUGUAUAACCAUAAACAAGAAAAUAGCCUCCCAAGAGAGGUUAAUGAAGGAUAUGUUUUCAGUCAAUCACAUCCCAUGCAACAUACUGAUCCAGGAGGUGGUGCACGAGCAGAUUCAUUGUUAGCUGGAAAUGAACAUCAUUCUUUAGUGACCAAUGGCCAAAAUUCAUCUGGUCAAUCUAGUCGGAAAACUUUGGGGCCUUGUAGGUUUCAGUAUCACCCAAUGGAGAAUUUGGAGAUGAAUAUGGAAACUGCUUCCCAAAUUCAGAGAUCAUAUUCUCAGGGCUCUUCCCACUUGGUGGUUCAAGGUUUGAAGAAUCAGGAGCAAGCUGGACAUGUCAUCGGAUAUGAUGCUGUUCAUAUCAGAAAGGGGCACUUAAUUGAUAUGCAAAUGAGUGCAAAAGGAAUGGAGGGAAUACAAUACCCAGGCUCCAUUCCUGGUCAUCACUCUGCUAUGUCUCCCUUUGAUGUAUCAGCUGCUUGCUUUUCUCAGAAUAUAAGUGAUGGUCAGGCAAGUCAAAAUAUGCUCAACUUUCUUCACAAGGUGGACCAAUCAAGGGAAAGAAACACUGUCACAUACUUCAGUAAUUCUAAACAUGGUGCACCACCUGAGAUCCUUGGCUCAGCUGCUUCUGAUGGUUCUUCUCAUCUAGGCCAACAACUCUCUCUCAUGGAAACAAAGUCGGUCGACCAGCAUUCUGCUACAGCAGGCUUUUCUCAACAUGGUGGCUUUUCAACGAUGCUACAUAAUGUACGAGCAAGUGUGUCAUCUCAACAAUGCCUAUCUGGAGCCGAGCCUCAAAAGGCCUUGCCCAUUAUAAAUCAGUCUACAAGCCCAUUGCCUAGCAUGAGGGUCACAAAUUCUUGUACCAUGCAGAUUACUGUCGGUGACAGCAAUAGGAGAGGGGAAAGUGCUUCAUAUGAGUUUGGUACAUCUUCUAUUGAUUCGCAAGAAUUCAUUUAUGGAGGAAAACAUUCCAUUAAAACUGAUUCCUCUCAACAAAAGCCUCCUGAUAAGGUGGAUAUUGCUGCUAAGAAAGGCAGUGCAUCCCAAGGGCAAGAACCAGUGCCAAAACAUAUUUCUGAUGGAAAUUCUGCCAUCUCCAUUCCAUCAUUGGUGCAUCUACAUCAUCAAGGUCUCAAUAGAGUAAAACAUAGACAGGACUCGGAUUUUGCCUCUUUAAAUCAUGAUAAGGGUGCCUCUGGACAAACUCUAAAAUUUCUAGAUGCUCAUACACAAAACUGUUCCCUGCUUCAACAGGCUGUGAAGGGUACAGAGUCUGAUCCUAGUAAACGGGUUGGAAAGAGGCUCAAAGGGGCAGAUUUGUGUUGUAAUGCUUUCCAGAUGGAGGGGAUAGGUCAGAAGUUUAUUUUUGGACAGAAACCAGUUUUGGAUGAACUGGAUGCAAGCUUCCAGCAUGGUUCAUUUGCUUCUGAUGUCAAAAUGCUAAGCUUUUCUUCAAAAGAAGACAAAAGCGCAAGCACAUGUUCUCAGGUCACUGCUAGAGAUGUACCUUCUCAAGAUCUACUUGCUUCAGGACAGCAUGAUAUUCAGAAUCAUGCACAUUCUCAGAGUAAAAAUUCCAAGUCAAUGUCUGUGGGAGGGAAUGAACGGCCACAGAUUAGUCCUCAAAUGGCUCCUUCCUGGUUUGGGCAGUAUGGAACCUAUAAAAAUGGUCAAAUUCUGGCAAUGUAUGAUGGUCUUGGUAAUUCCCAGAGGACUGCAAAAGGUGUUACCUGCUUCUCUGCAAAAGUUUCUGAAAGCAUGCAUAAUGGUACUGUCGUGGAGCAAAGAACUGAUGUCAGUCAGGUUGGUAACCUCCAGCAGAAUACAUCAUCUACCGCCAUUGCUGCUAGUGAGGGUUCACCUUCUCAUUGUCUGCCUCUGGAUGCCAUUGAUAACAAUAUGAUUCUAAUGCCAAAGAAGCGUAAAAGUGCAACAUCAGAGCUGUCACCUUGGCACAAAGAGGUGAUACAGGGUUCUGGAAGGCUGCAAACUAUCAGCAUGGCAGAGUUAGAUUGGGCUCAGGCUGCCAAUCGGCUGACUGAGAAGGUUGAAGAAGAAUUUGAGAUAGUUGAAAAUGGCCCGUCAAUUGCCCGAUUGCGGAGAAGGCUUGUCUUUACAACUCAGCUAAUGCAACAACUCAUUCCCUCUGUACCAGCUAUGUUUCUGAAAGCAGAUGCAACUGCGUCUUAUGGAAGUCUGGCAUACUUUGUUGCUAAAUUAGCACUAGGAGAUGCAUGCAGCCUUAUCUCUUGUCUGGGAAAUGAUUCUCACAUGCUUUUGAAUGAUAGAAAAAUGAGACCUGAAGAACUUAAGACUGCUGAGAAGGCAGGAGAUUCCUUUUUAUCGGAAGUCAUGGAGAAUUUUAUUGGAAGAUUAGGGAAACUUGAAAGCAACCUCUUGAGAUUGGAGAAGAGGUCUUCUAUAUUAGAUUUAAGAGUGGAAUGCCAGGACUUGGAGAGAUGCUCCAUUAUCAACUGUUUUGCAAAGUUCCAUGGUCGGGCUCAGACAGACAGAGUCGAGAGCUUGUCAACCUCCGAAAAUGCACCACGCAGAGCAUUUCACCAGAGACAUGUGACGGCUUUUCCCAUGUCCGGGAAUUUUCCAGAAGGGGUGCUUUGUUUCUCCCUAUAGAUUACUGAAUAGUCAAUUGGUUUUACCUUCACCCUCCUGUUAUCAUCUAUCCUCGCUGGUGCUUUAUGCAUAUCUUUCCAUGAGCAAGCAAACACAAAGGUGGGGAAGUAGUUGCAUCCACUGAAUAGCAUGAACCUGAUGCAACAUUGUAGGGGUGAUUUUUUUUUUCCCCCCGAAAUUGAUGCGGUGGGUAGUCUUUUGUUUAUCGUGCCCCUGUUAUAGGUUUUUGUAUAUUCAUGAAAAAAGAGGUUUGGCUUAUUCGGUGUUAUUUUUGAAUUGGUGAGGGUUUAUUAUUUGCUUAUAUGAGAAAUGGCUAUGAUACUUAGGUUUCUCAUGAUCAUCUAAUUCUGCCUUCCCUGGAUCUUUGCUUUCUUCGGGUUGUAUUAGAAUGAAAGUUUUUGUGCAAUAUAAUCAAAGAAAGUGCAUAUGAUGGUGCUAUUAUUCUUUGGCAU